CAUUCAUCCAACCGAAACGCCUGUAGCCUGUAACAUAGGUAAGAACUACUGCAAAGUAGACGCGAAUGCCUUGAGGAAAAAGGCGGCCCUCCAGCAGAAUCAGCAGCGUCCCCCGAAACGGAUCGCUUCCACCUCCGGCAACUUGGUUUUGCCUCUCCUUUCAUAACACCGGGCCACGCCCAUUUUGGAAAUCUCUGCGUGCUUCCGUGCUGCGAGGGUUCGGGGCUUGAGAACGGGCUGUGGAACGCAGCACACAUGGCUGCCCAGCGGAUAUACAAUGAGGUGCAGGAUUACUAUAGCAAAGAAGUGACAAAAACAACGGAUCUCAAAACCAGUACUUGCCUAACUACAGCGAAACCUUUGCCUGCAUUUGUCAGAGAAGCACUCCAGUGUGUGCAUGAGGAGGUCUCAGCGAAGUACUAUGGUUGUGGCCUGGUGAUACCAGAGUGCCUAGAAAACUGUUGGAUAUUAGAUUUGGGCAGUGGGAGUGGAAGAGAUUGCUACAUGCUCAGUAAACUGGUUAAGGAGAAAGGACAUGUCACUGGGAUAGACAUGACUGAAGCUCAGAUAGAAGUAGCAAAGAAGUACAUUGACUAUCACAUGAACAAAUUUAACUACCAAAAUCCCAAUGUAAACUUCAUCCUUGGAUACAUAGAAGAACUGGGAGCAGCAGGCCUGAAGGAUGAAAACUAUAACCUCGUAAUCUCCAACUGUGUAGUUAACCUGUCUCCCAAUAAAAGAGCCGUCCUGCAUGAGGCCUAUCGAGUGUUAAAGACAGGCGGAGAGAUGUAUUUCAGUGACGUAUAUGCCAGCCAUGACCUGCCUGAGGAGAUCAGGAAACAUAAGAUCUUGUGGGGUGAGUGCCUAGGUGGAGCCCUUUGGUGGGAGGAUCUGUACAAAAUAGCUGAGGAUGUUGGAUUCUUGCCACCUCGACUGGUGACAGCCUCUCGAAUAACCAUCAAUAAUAAGGAGCUGGAAAGUGUUGUGGGUGAUUUCCAAUUUGUUUCUGCCACUUUCCGCCUGUUUAAGAUUCCCCAGGAUGACUCAUCCCAAAGGUGUGAAGUUAUUUACAAUGGAGGAAUCACUGGAUAUGAAAAAGAACUAGAGUUUGAUGUUAACUACAAGUUCAAGCAAGGAGAAGUGGUAGAAGUGGAUAAGGAGACAGCAACUAUUUUGCAGAACUCCAGAUUUGCUACGAAGUUUCUGAUCCGUCCAGUGGAGCAGAUGCUGCCAAUUCCUGAAAGCUGUACUGCUGAGAAAGCGAAGGAUAAGAUUCAAAAUCCCUUUAAAGUAGUGGAGCAGAUGGAGGCAAGAGUACCUAAACAGACUGCUUCAGGAUGCUGUGGGUCUAAAGGAUGCUGUUGAACCUUGCAUUGUACUAUCAUCAGAAAGAAGAGUUUGGAAUGAUUCAUCAAAACAACAGAUGAAAUGAGGGCUUGUGAUGUCUGAGCAAGCAUGAAAGUAAAGGCAUAAAUAAUGUC